AUGCACGGUACAGAAUCUGGGCAUUUCUCUUCUUUUAUUUCUUCACCAAUUGAGGAUUACAAAAAUAUAACUAACGACAAUGAUUCAGAAGAUGAUUGUUCUGUUGAUAUUUUUCCAGAUAGAAGAUGUUUAAUUUCUCUUGUUUGUAAUGUAUUAAUUGCCUGUGUUUUAUUACGACCUCGAAAUUCUCAUUUUUUCUUCCUUGGGCUUCUAGCUGUUUCUGAUGCUUUUUUAUCAACUUGUUAUGGACCUGUUAUUGCUAUGGAUAUAAUUAAAAAUCGGGUACAAUUACUUUGGCUAACGCGACUUUGGUGGAGUUAUGUUGGCCCCCUUUUGGCUCUUUGCCAUGUUUCUAUGACAUUUUCUUGUUUUAUGAUUAUUCUUGGAACAAUUGAACGUUUUUUAAUUACAUUAAAAUCAUCCUUGCUUACUUGUUUUCGUACCAAUCGUGGUCCAUUGGCUUUAGGAAUGUUCUUAUUAGCUUUAUUACUUAGAGGAACGGCUAUAUUUGAAGUUGAAAUUGUUGCUAACGGAAAUUGUACGGGUUUAAGUGAAUUCGAACCAAGCCUUACAACGUUAACUAAAAGCUGGUUUUAUGGAACAGUUUUUAGAUUUUAUGUCAGAACUAUUGCUACAGUUUUUGUGCCUUUCUUUUUACUUGCUUAUUUAAAUGCUAGAAUUGUUUUAAUAUUGCGGCGUCAAAAACGUUCGGCUGCAAUGUUUCGAUUUGGAAGUGCUUAUGACCAUAAACUUCGUGUUCGUUCAGCAACUCGUUUAUUACUCUUAAUUGUUUGUUCUUAUUUAUUGGCAAAUUUUCCAAAUGUGGCUAUUACUGCUUGGGAAUAUUUAGAUUUAGAUUCAACACAAAGUGAAAACUUUUAUAGUAUAAUAUCAAUGUUAUAUGUUCUAAGUUGUGCCUCUCGUCUUUUAAUUUAUUUAAGUUGUAAUGAAGAAAUUAGAAGUGCAUUUUAUGAUUUUCUUUGUGCAAAUUGGAUAUGUAAAAGGAGAAGAGAAAAUGGAAUUGAAUAUGAAUUUGAUGAAAAAAUUGCUUUACAAAGACACGGAUCUACACAAUAUACUCCUGUAAGGCAAUGCUCUUACAGGUCAUUCAGAGGAGAUUGGUCUAUUGGUGAUUUUCCUCCUAUAGGGACAGAUUUUGACCGAGUAGUUGUUGCUAUGGCACUUUCAAGAGUUUCGUCAUUAACAAGUAAUAAACAAAAAAAUGAGGGAUUAAAAAUUACUAAUGGAGAAGUUAAUGAAAAAGAGCAAAGCCAAUUAGUUAAUACAAAUGGAUUAAAACGGCAUCAUUCGUCGAGAAGACGAAUUUCUUCAAGAAGAGGAAGAAGAAAUGAAAAUGGUUUUGCUAAUUCUCCUAACAAUGAUCGAGAUAAUCAAAACAGUGAACAUCAUAAAAUUGAUCUCAAUCAAGAAGAAAAGCCGUCCUAAUAAUA